GGAAGAGGGAGGAGGAGCUUGGCUUGUUUGGCUAGUGUCAGAGCUGGGGAAAGAUGCAGCUCUCUCUGGGAAACAUGCUCCCUUCUCUUUGGGAAGAAGCUUCCCUCCAAACCCUCCUUCUUCUCUCUGCCAUCAUCCUGAUCCUGGCACAUUAUCUGCAGAGCAGGAGGAGGCACCUAAAGUACCCUCCUGGCCCUCCGGGGCUGCCCAUAUUGGGCAACUUCUUCCACAUAAAUUAUAAUGACCCUCAAGCCAACAUUCAAAAGCUUGCUAAGGAAUAUGGAAAUGUUUUCAUCACACGGGCAGGCAGUCUUAUCUUUAUGAUGGUAACUGGAUUGCCAAUGAUCAAGGAGGUCCUACUCAACCAAGAUGAGGCAUUUAUUGAUCGUCCCCAAUUUGCUCUCCUCGUCCAUGUCUUUAAAUCAUUUGGCUUAACCUUGUCUAAUGGUCAAGCAUGGAAACAGCAAAGAAGAUUUGCUUUAAUGACCUUGAGGAACUUUGGUUUGGGAAAGAAGACCCUGGAAGAUCGGAUCCGGGAGGAAGCCAUAUUUCUCAUUGAAGCUAUCAGGGAAGAAAAAGGACAGCCCUUUGACCCCCACUUUCAGAUCAACAAUGCUGUUUCCAAUAUCAUCUGCUCUGUAACUUUUGGACAUCGCUUUGAGUAUCAUGAUUCUCAGUUUCAGGAGCUGCUGAAGAGUUUGGAUGAUAUCACAGUGCUUGAAACCAGGUGGGAGUGUCAGCUCUUCAAUAUAUUUCCUUGGAUAAUGAAACUCCUGCCAGGACCUCACAAGACAUUCAUAAAAGAAUGGAAGAAGAUAGAGUCUUUUGUAGAACAGGUGAUCAAACAACACAAGGAAGACUUGAACCCAGAGGAGCCCCAGGACUUCAUUGAUGCUUAUCUGAAGGAGCUGUCCAAGGAUAACAUCCAUUCUAGUUUUAAUGAAAAAAAUUUAGUCUUCUGCACCCUGGACCUCUUCUUUGCUGGAACAGAGACAACAUCAACCACUCUGCGGUGGGCACUGCUGUAUAUGGCUCUUUAUCCAGAGAUCCAAGGUAAAAUACAAGAAGAGAUAGACAGGGUGAUUGGCCAAUCUCGGCAGCCCACCAUGGCUGAUAAGGAGAAUAUGCCCUACACUAAUGCAGCUGUUCAUGAAGUUCAGAGAAUGGGUGAUAUUCUUCCUUUUAAUGUGCCCAGGAUGGCUGCAUUUGAUACCACAUUGGCAGGAUACCAUGUGCCAAAGGGAACCAUAGUGUUGAUCAACUUGACUGCCUUGCACAGGGACCCCAAGGAAUGGGCUACCCCAGAAACCUUCAAUCCGGAACAUUUUCUGGAGAACGGUCAAUUUAAGAAAAGAGAGUCUUUUCUGCCUUUCUCAAUGGGAAAGAGGGUGUGCCUGGGAGAACAGCUGGCUCGGGCUGAGCUCUUCAUUUUCUUCACCAGCCUGCUCCAGAAGUUCACGUUCCAGCCUCCUCCAAACACCCAGCUGAGCCUGGACUUCCGAUUUGGCUUAACCAUCUCUCCUGUUCCCUACAAAAUCUGUGCCAUUCCUCGAGAGAUAUAGACCAAGCCAGGUCUGGGGGGUGAUCUUCCAAGGAAUACAUGGAAAAAUCUGGAGACAUCCUCAUCCUCCCUGCCUUUGGAGUUUGACUGGGGACAGGAAGACAAGUCAAGGAAGGGAAAAGAGGGUAGAGACAAAGGGAGGGUAUCUGUGGCCUUGUUUGAUCAUUCCCACUCAGAAAAAAGGAGAGGCAUGAACACCAGCAAAAGGAAAGCACAGAAUACUUACUGGCUUUGAAGUUUAAGGACUUGGGUUCAAAUCCUAGCCCUGUCACCUACUAACUGGAUGAUUUGGGGCAAGUUCCUUGAACUUCUGCCUCUGUUUGCAAAUCUAAAAUGAGGAGGAGGAAGAUCUCUAAAAUCUCCCCCAGUUCUAAAUCGACAACCCUUUGAUUCUCUGAACAGAGAACCAAUGUUUUUCUUCCCCUACCUCAACAAUGGGGCCAGAUGGGGUUUUUGUUUGCAAUUAUUCCUCUCUCUCCUGUGUUUAUAAUUCAUACAAUGGAUAUGAUUUACACAAGAUUUCAGAGAGUUUAAAUGGGUUAGGGGAGCUGUCCCCAGGUUGAUGAGGAUGGUCCUAAGAGAUCCUUAUAAAUUGUGAACUCCAUGUAGACAGAUUUUUCCUUCUAUAUUUGGAUUUACAGCAUCCAAUCUAGUGCUCAGCUUAGAGAAAGAGCCCAAUAAAUAUUGCUAAUUGUUUCAUUUCUAAAGAACUGCCUUUCAUGUUCAUUAUUUCUUUGACUUUAAUGUGAAAUCAGCUGAUGAGCUAAGUUGUUCAUUCCUAUGAAAAGCCUUGUUAUACAUGUUAAAUCACAAUUACUUCACUAUUAUUAUUCACAUGAGGCUUAGAAUGCUCCCAUGUUUGCUCUGGUCAUCUGUUAAAAAGUUUCCUGAAAAGUUUCCCUGCUUGUGUCAGAGAUGCAUGCACAAGGGAGAUUCCCAUGCUGAUAAUAAAACCCUCGGUAAUACUCCAGUUAAACACAAAAUGUAAAUGUUAUUAAUCCUCCUCAUUUAUUUUUUAUGUUCUCCUUUCUAACAUUCCUCAAUUAUACCUGUAAAAAUGCUCUGUGAGUUCAUAAAUGAAAUCAUUAUGGAUCUAUCUUAUUGGCAAUUUACUAGCCACUGCCAAUAAACUAAAUGUACUUGCAA